AUGGCACGCCCGAUUGUGUUUGGCUGUCGGCUCUCCUUGGACCGUCCGCCCGUCACACGGUACGAGAGAACGCAAGUCUUCUACCAAGGCCUCAUGCUCAUGCUGCGCAAGAGUGGACACAAGUCUACCCCUGGCUUCUUCUUCACCCCGCUAAUUCUCCUUGUCUACGAAGAGCUUCGAUCCCCUAACGACUGGAUGCACCUGGAAUUCUGGCUCAUGGAGGACGGACUCAAGAAUCUUUCGUCUCUGGAGCAACAAACUGUCAAGAUCAUCCAAGACGAUGUCUUUUCUGAGUUGGCUUGA